AUGGCUUCAUGGAAGUUUCCGCGGACCGCAGUCGUGACGGGGAACUGGGACGUCCGCGUCUCCAGUGGAAAGGAGACAGGAUUCGCUCAGACGGCCGCCAUCAAAGUUGUCGUUGGGGCGGAAAACGAACAGCAAGAGUUCUUCGUCCACGAGGGUCUCAUCUGCCCACGGUCCCAGUGCUUCGAGAAGGCCAUGAGCGGCAAGUGGCACGAGUCCGACAAGAAGGAAAUCACACUCUGCACCGCUGAGCCAGCUACCUUCGCCUUAUAUAAUGAGCUCCUCUACUCUGGUAAUCUUCCAGUUAAAGAUCUCAAGCAUGCUUCGCCAGAAGACGAAUACAUCCCCCUAUGCAAGCUCUAUGUCCUCUGCGAGUACCUCAUUGACCAUAAAUCACAAGACCUCGUUCUUCUAGCCAUCUCCGCUCGAUUCAAGCAGGUGGGGAAAGAUGGAAAGCAGUAUCUCCCAAGCAUCAAAUGCGUUAAGAUCAUCUACGGCGGCACCCCCGAGGAAAGCCCAGCUCGCAACAUGCUCGUUGACUUCUAUUCCGACCACGACGAUGGAACGGCUCUCUCUGGGACAUACGGCGACGUGCCAAAAGACUUCCUGUACGAUCUAUCCAUCAGCGUGCUUCAGAAUCGCCAGAUGCCAAUGGAGUCCCAGGCACAGCAGGAUAAGUACAAGGAGCUGUCGAUGCAGAAAGAGAAGCAGGAUUCUGAAAUGGAGUCGCUGCGCCGGACCAUCCGGAACUUGAAGUCUAGGGGGGCGAGCGAUUCAGAGAUGUUCGAUCCCUCGCCAGCGUCAAGUAUUCCAAGCUCCGACCGGGCUUUGUAUCAUGCCGAUGCCGAGUUCGGUCUAAGGUACACGAAUAUGUCUGGCAUCGGCCGUUGA